CCAAAAUGGCAUUUAUGAAUGAUGGGCCGGCAGAUCUUCACAAGCUCUUCUACUUCAUCCUGUUUCAUUUCUGAGUGAUAGUUAUCACAGUCAUUUUAUGGAGAUGAAUAUGGCUCAAAAGAAUAGGAAUCGAGCUUCCUUCUGAGAGGAGAGAAAUGAUAGAAAAUGAAGUCACCGAAAGCCAAUGACAUACAACAAAAGAUUUCAAGGUUUUUUGGAAGAUUUUCAAAGAUAAAUAUAUGAGUCUUGACGAAAAUUACUGGGUGAAACAUUGCGGAGUUGAUGCCUUUCUCUAUCUCCUACUCCAGAGAAGGGUUAUAUCUCUCUUCUUUUGGAUAGGAAUAAUCUCUUUCAUAUUAUCUUUGUUCUUCAACCUGGCAUCAGAUGAGACUUUGGAUAUACAGGAUCACAAAUGGAGAAAUGAUUGGUCUAUAAAGGUCCUCUAUGGCAAUAAAGAUUUUAUCAAAGGUGCAUGGUCAUGGGUGCAAGUUGGUUUGUGUGGACUUAUUACCCUCUGGACCCUAAAUACUGUCUAUGAACUUAAGACUCAAGCUCGAAGGGUCUACAAAAAGUAUGUACAGUAUGAUUAUGAAUGGCUCAAAUCCAGAACUAUACACGUGAAAGGACUUCUCAAAAAUGAUAUCACUGGAGCCAUGCUUGAAAAUAUGCUAAAUGAUCACCUUCAAGAUACUGAAAGCAAGAUUCUAGCCAUUUGUGUAGUACCAGAUUACAGAAAAUUAACACAACUAGAAGAGAAAAGGAAAGAUCUUGAAGACCUCAGUCAGCUGCUGGGAAUCAAGGAGCCAACCUUCAUGAGACUUUGCGUUAGAAAGAAGUUCAGAACAGAAGAAUAUUAUAAAUAUGAACUUGAAGAAAUUGAAGACCAAAUAAGAGAUGAACUAAAGAAACCAAUUAAAUCUUCUGGGCAUGCUUAUGUUGUAUUUGAUUCUUACUAUAGCAUGUCGAGAUGCCUUCAGAAAUAUAGAGAGACUCCCUGACAAACUUGUAAGAUCAUGUGGUCUAGCUGCUUUAAUAAAAUAACAAUGAGAGAUACAUUGGCAAAUGAUCCUCGAGAAACUUUUGUCAGAUUUCAUGAUGAUCAAGAAAGACGUCAAAGUGAGUAUGAUAAAAGAGGAGCUACAAUUCUCAUGAGCAGUGCCAAGGAUCCUGUUGAUAUAAUAUGGAGUAACAUCGGAAAUUCAGAAGGGCUAACUUUCUUCAGGAGAUAUCUAUGGAACAUCGUUGGGUUCCUAUUGAUUAUGUUUGUGUCAACUCCAGUAGUGGUUUUUAAAACCUUCCAAACUUUGAGUGACAAACACUUAGACCUUCAAUUCAUGCAAAAUAUACCCUAUAUAGACGUGAUUUCAUCAAUCUGGCCUCCUCUCAUAAUCUUGUGUAUUAAUAUGAUGUUGAUUCUACUUAUCGAUCACUCUGCUAUUUCUGAGAAGAGGUCGGCUCACUCGACAUUCCAAUCCUCAAUCUUCAAUAAAGCUUUGAUAUAUUUGCAUUUGAAUAUGGUUUUUGUGCCUUUUCUUUCAUUACAAGGCCAGCCCAUCUUCAGAAUCUUAGAAUAUCAUCAAGUGAAGACAGAGUACAUCAGAGAAUUUACCAUGAUAAACAGCUCAAGUUUCUUUGUUAACCUUAUUAUUCAGUACGGGGUUUUCACAGCAAUAUUCUACUUCCUGAGACUUGGAGAGCUGAUGCUGAACUAUCUCUCGCCUUGGCUAGUAGACUACAGGAGGAAAUACAUGAACGAUUCCCAACAAUGGAGGAGAAAGCCUGAAUAUAUCUUCCAGUAUGGUUACUUUUACAGCCAAAUGAUGACAAUUUUCACUAUUUCAAUCCUAUUCUCCUCAACAGCGCCUAUGGUGAUAUUCAGUGGGUGAAUUUUCUUCUUCCUACGAAACAUCACAGACUCUUACACGUUGCUAACAGUCCAUAGGAAAGAGAUUGAAUCGAAGCUGUCUAUUUUCCAUAAAAUCCUCUUAUGCCAGUUAAUAAGCCUUCUAGCUUAUCAAAUAUUCAUAUUUGGGUAUUUUUAUCUGAACAAUGCUUCUCUUCAAACCUGGAUUAUUGGGUUGAUCCUUGUGUUCACGAUCCUCGUGAUUACUAUCAAUACAGAACAGAUGUUUGACCCAAUGAGACUGGUAAAGCUAGAUCUUGAGGAAGAGGAAUGCUCGAAAUUCCACAGUAAAGUUACUAGGAGAGAUUUUGAUAGGAGAGAUUUUGAGAAAUGGAAGGAUUCUUACACCCAUCCCUUGAUCAGCAACUCUGUAGGUAGUUCAGCCAGUGUGUUUAGUACUGAAAUUAGAAAGAUUAUCGAAGAUGAGAAUAUGAUUCAUCAAUUUGAAACACAAUCAGAAGAUCAGCAGCAGUCUAACAGACCUAACAUGUAUAGACAUUUUGAAGAAGUCAGUGAGAAGGAAGAAACCAAAGGUCUUCCAAGAGACGCAAGCUUAAUAAGUUUCUAAUACCAAAGAAUUCAAU